UCCUAACUUAUACUGAAAUGAACAUUGUAGGAAAGCUCAGUUUAAUGAUACCAUGGAGUAUAUUCUUGCUUCAUUCACUGCUGUCCUCUUUGCAAGGAUCUUAUUGCAAGCUUUCUCCUUUGAGAAGAACUUUGAGAAAUGAGUUUAAUGCAACUCGACAGAAAAGAGAUCUUGUAACAGCCGAGGUUCAAGCUGCGUCUUUGUUGCAUCUUCAUGGGACCCAGAUGCAGAGUCCACCAGGAGGUUCAUGUCCUCAGGAGUGCCUUAAUGGAGCAGCCUGCACAGAGGCGGGUGAUUGUGACUGUCAGUUAUUUCAGGCUCAAGGAAACAGGUGCCAAAUUGUACCUAACACUGGUAAGGACCGAGAUGGGAUUUGCAAGUCGUGGGGACAGUACCAUUUUGAAACAUUUGAUGGCAUCUACUACUACUUCCCAGGAAAUUGCUCCUAUAUUUUUGCAAAAGAUUGCAGUACUCCAGAACCCCAGUACACUGUUUGGGUUCAUAACAGUCCUCACUGUUAUGGUUCUGUAUAUACUUGUCAGAGGUCCAUCAGCUUAUUUUUUUCAAACCAGGAAGAAAUAAUUAUUUCAGGCCAUGAAGUAAGAAAAAAUGGAAUCAGAUUAAUGUUGCCUCAGACAGUUGGAAAUGCUUUUCUUGAGAGACUGGCUGACUAUAUUCUGGUGAAGACAACCUUUGGUUUUUCUCUUGCUUGGGAUGGAAACUCUGGUAUUUAUAUUAAGCUGACAGAAGAUCAUAAGAGAAAACCUUGUGGCCUUUGUGGAAAUUUUAAUGGCAAUAAAUAUGAUGACCUGAUACUGCAAAAUAGUGAUUAUACAGAAGACAUUGCUGAAUUUGCAAAUAGUUGGGCUGUGCAAUCCUCAGGUGAUGUAGCUUGUGUACCUACUGCCUCAGAUUUUUUCAGUCCUUGCUCAGCUAAUGGAGAAUCCACUGAGGACAUAUUCCUCAAAUGCCAAAUAUUCCUACAGUUUCCUUUUCUCAGCUGUCAUGAAAGUAUAGAUCCGUAUUCUUAUAUUGCAAGCUGUAUGAAUGAUCUUUGCAGAGUGGAUGAUGAUGAAACAUACUGCAGGGCAGUGACAGAGUACGCUAGAGCAUGCUCUCACGCUGGGUCCCCGGUGCGGGACUGGAGGGAUGACUUUCCUGCCUGUACUGAGAAGUGUGAAGACAGCUUUGUUCACCGUGAUUGUAUCAGUUGUUGUCCACCAACCUGCACAUUUGAAAAAGAUUGUCUUGGCAGCAACUUGCACUGUUUAGAUGGCUGUUACUGUCCAGAUGGUCUCAUUAUGGAAAAUGGAACUUGUAUCUCUUUGUCGAAUUGUCCUUGUACUUAUCAUGGAACUGCUUUCCCUGUAGGCUCAAAAAUUGAACAAGAAUGUAGCAACUGUAUUUGUGUUGGUGGCAUUUGGAACUGCACUGAUCAUGAUUGCCCAGCUGAGUGCUCCAUCACAGGUAGCUCUCAUUUCACAACAUUUGAUGGGCGUCAUUUUACCUUUCUUGGGAUUUGCCAGUACAUUUUGGUAAAAGGCAGUGGGAAAAGCAAAUUCACAAUCACUUUACAGAAAGCACCUUGUGGACAGAACUUUGACCACACCUGCAUUGAGUCUAUAACACUAGUUCUUGAAGAUGAUGUGAGGAAACAAGUUACUCUCACAAGAUAUGGUCAAGUCCAAACUGUCUCUAAUCAAGUUUUUAACCUCAAUGGGGCUAUUGAAAUUCAGAAUAUAUCCUCUUUCUUUGUUCAACUGAAAACUAGUUUUGGUUUGAAGAUACUGUUUGCUAAAGAUGGAGAGAGGAUCUAUGUUCAAGUUGAUGUCAGAUGGAAAAGAAGAACAUUAGGACUAUGUGGAACAUACAAUGGGAAUUUAAGAGAUGAUUUUCUGUCUCCAGCAGGGAUGAUUGAAGGGACCCCACAACUUCAUGCCAAUGCAUGGAAAGUUUCCUCAGCUUGCUCCGUGCCUAUCAAUAUUCCUGUGGUUGAUCCCUGUAACGUUAAUCAGCAAAAUGCUGAGUAUGCAUCUCACUGUGAUAUCAUCAAUCAAGACGUUUUUGCUCCCUGCCAUGCCUACAUCAGUCCAGGGUUGUACUACCAGCUGUGCCGCUUUGACGCGUGCAAAUGUGGGAGCAGCUGUUUGUGUAAUGCUUUGGCUCACUAUGCUUACGUCUGUGGCAAGCACGGGGUCAUCGUUGACUUCAGAUCUCAUAUUUCUUACUGUGCUGUAAUGUGUCACAGUGGUAUGCUUUAUCAUCAGUGCUCUUCUUUUUGUAAACACUCCUGUGCUUCACUUUCUAUGGCAAAUAUCUGUGGUGAUGACUGUGCAGAAGGAUGUAAUUGUCCUGAUGGGAAAUAUUUUGAAGAGUCGGUCAACUUUUGUGUAUCAAUAUCUGCCUGUCAUUGUCAUUACAAGGGCAAAGCCCUCCAGCCUGGAGAAAUCCUCUCUACGCCAACAGGCUCCUGUCAAUGUUUGAACGGAACAGUGAAAUGUAUUGAAGCCAGUACAGAAAAUACAGUUCACAUAUGCCCAGAUGGAAAAAUCUACUAUGACUGCAGAUCUCCUGUGCCUGGAUUACCAGCAGCAGGUGUGAAUUGUGGGAUCUCUUGUGCAAACCUUGCCAUGAACUUCUCCUGUGUCCCCUCUCCACCCUGUGCAAGUGGCUGCAUUUGCCCCCCUGGGAUGGCUGAGCAUAGAGGGAAAUGUUAUAUUCCUGAUAGUUGUCCAUGCACCUGGAAAGACAGGGAAUUUCUGUCAGGAGAAGUGAUAGCUACACCAUGUUACACCUGUGUUUGUCGGAGAGGCAUAUUCAAUUGCACCAGUUACCCCUGUCCUGCUGUAUGCACUAUUUAUGGAGAUCGGCAUUAUUAUACCUUUGAUGGACUGGAAUAUGAUUAUGUCAGUGACUGCCAAACUUACCUGCUAAAGAGCACAGAUAACUCAAAUAUAUCUAUAAUUGCUCAAAACAAAAAGUGCUUUGACAAUGAUAUCGUUUGCUCAAAGAAUGUUUUCAUCACUGUUGGAGACACUGAGAUUUAUUUUAGUGAACCUUCUGAGAAGCAGAAGACCUUAAGGGGACAGGAAAACAAAUCUAAAUAUCAGCUUUGGAAGGCUGGAUAUUAUACUGUGAUACACUUUCCAGAACAGGACAUUACAAUUCUGUGGGAUAAGAAGACUAUGAUGCAUGUUAAAGUUGGACCUCAGUGGAAGGGUAAAUUGGCAGGUUUGUGUGGAAAUUUUGACAAAUAUACUUCAAAUGAUCUGACUACAUCAAACAACAUGGAGGUGAGAAAUGCACAGGUGUUUGGAGACAGCUGGGUAUUAGGACAGUGCAAGAGCCCAAAUGAAACGCUGAGACCAUGUGAUGUACAUCAGAGCAAGUUCCCUUAUGCCAAAAAGGAAUGCUCAGUUUUAUACAGUGAUGUUUUUGCGCCUUGUCGCAAUGUGAUUGAUGUGACUUCUUUUAUCAAAAAUUGUCACACAGAUACAUGCAACUGCAAUCUUGGUGGGGACUGCGAGUGUUUGUGUACAAGUAUUGCAGCUUAUGCCCACAAGUGCUGCCAGCAGGGAGCAGCAAUCCACUGGCGAUCUCCUUUGCUCUGUGCUUAUGACUGUGAAUAUUACAAUCAAGGUCUUGGUGAAGGACCCUAUAUUUUGGCAAGUUUUGGAGCAAAUGACACAAUUAUUGGGGCUAAUGUAUCCAGUAGAAGGAUAUUUCCUCUGCCUAGAACCGGAGCAUAUGGAAAUGUAAUUUUCGGUUUCAUGAUAACUCCAGGUCUUUUCAAAGAUGAAGAUUUAUCUCUCUCUCUUGUUUCCCUGGAAUCUGCUGAAAGACCAAACUACUUUCUGUACGUACAUGACAAUGAAACCAUUGGGCUGGAACAGUGGCAGGCAAGUGCCUCCUUUCAGAGACGAGCCACCUUCUUCCACCACCGUGGUCUCUGGAGUCCAGGGCUCAGUGCCUUUGAACUGCACAGUAAAAAAGGCUUUUUCAUCGUUCUCACCUCAUCUAGUGUUAAAGUGGCAAAGUACAAUGAUUCAGAAGAAUUCAAACAUUUCAGUAGCUUUAGCAUUGAAGAACUUAGUGCUUCUGUGCCUUAUAGAAGGAUCUGUGAAUGGCGAUAUGAGUCUUGUGCCAAUCCUUGUUUUAAGACAUGUAGCGAUCCUGAAGGAAUAGCAUGUAGAUUCCUUCCUCCGGUUGAAGGAUGCAUGCCAUACUGUCCCAAAAACAUGAUCCUCGAUGAGGUCACACAUAGAUGUGUUUAUCCAGAAGACUGUAUACCUGUGACACCUACAGGAUCAGAAAUUGGAACAAAACCUUCAUGGUUAAUCUCUCACACAGAUGCUACCGUGGAGAGAUUUCCUCAGACACCUCCUUUAUUUGUUACUUUGGUGAAUGAACCAACUCAUAUCGGUGUGACAGACAAAAUAACCAUGGAGGCAAACACAACUUUAAGGGGAAUGAAUAUGUCAGCACAGUCCAUUACAGACUUUUACUCAUUGGAAUCAUCUAACGCAGCCACCUAUUCAACAUUUUCAUUACCAAGUACAGUGAACCCUUCUGAUGUACUUCACAGCACAGCCAGCUCUACUGUCCCUUCCAAACUCAUCUCUUCAACAUAUUUUCCAACUCUUCUUCAAGCACCAGCAGUCAUAUCACAUACUGUCAGUUCUAAUACAUCUUUAAUUUUACCUAUUACAAUAGCAACUCCAACAGCUUAUGCAAAUUUUGAUGACUGUUCCCAAGCAGGCAUCUCCAUUAAAAAAGGGCAGUAUUUAUGCUGCUCUGCCACCAAUGAAAUCCAUUAUGUCUACAGUCUUCCCUCUCAGGACAUUGGUAUUACCUCUAAAUGCUACAUCAGUAACCACUUCAGAAAUUACAGAGUACCCAAGCAGUUCAGAUACGGAAUUGAGAAGUUGGCUCAAAGUUCAGGCACUUUCAUUCAUAAAGAUCCUUCUCUUACGAGGUCAUCAUCUUUAUUUACAACCUUGUCAUCAACAUCAGUACCAUCUUAUGUGACAUUUCGGACUACAAGUUCUUCAUUGAUUCCCACAGUAGAUAGCACUUCAUCACUAACACAAAAUAUAACUGCUACUGAAGAAUCAGUUUCAUCUCUAGAUACACAAGGAAUGUCAAAAAUUCCCGUUACAGAUGUUCUGACUUGUGUGGAUUUUUCUAAAUUCACUUUAAAUAUAAGCCCUUCUACCAACCUUUCAUCAGCACUAAAAUCAUCCAUUUUAAAGCCCUCUUUACUAAUGCCUAAAAUUUCUGAAGCCACUUUAGAAAGCCAGCCCUCUAUGCCUUCACCUCCUCCUAAGACCACUCAUAUCUCUAAUGUUUCUCUAGGAAAGCAGAGUUCUUCGGAAGAAGAUGGAAAAAUAUCAGCCAUAUCAGCUGGAAUCAUCACUCAAUCCACUACACCAAUGAUCAUGAACACAACACUGAAUGCCACAUCCUCAAAAGUACCUUAUAUUUUUGCAAAAAUACCACCUAGCUCUUCAGCCAGUUUAUUAGUUACUUCAGGCACUACUCUAGUCUCUAGGAUUACUACAAAAACCACUGAUCCUUUUGUUGCUGACUUGGAUUUUUAUACGACUUCAGCUUCAGUUCUUACCACCACAGAAACACACAGAUCUUUGUUUACAACUGCAGUAACUCAAGCUUCCCAGAGCACUAAAGAAACUCCAAAAAUUAUUGUAAUGAAAACAACUGGUACUACAAGUCCAUUAUCACAGAUGAAGAGUACCUCAUAUACAGUUUCAGAAGUUAAAUACUCAACCUCAUAUGAGAGAACUGUGGAAAUUUCACAAGGUGGUCAGACUUCAUAUGAGCAAAGAAAUUUUACCAAGAUAAAGGCAACCACAACUGACAAAUCUUCCCUGCCUUAUUUGCCAUUAACUGCAGUCCAGAGUUCGCUUUUUUCAAGAAAUACAACCUCAGUAAAAAAUAUGUCUCUUUCUGGAGUCUCAGGUCUAACAACGUCAGAUAGGUCCAAAAUCCCAACACAGAAACCGAUUAAACAUUAUUUUAGUUUAGCAGAGGCCACAGAGAGAACUAAAAUAGGUUUAUCUCAUUCUAGUGGUGGAAUGGCUCUACCUUCCUCUUCAGAAACAACAGGUGUAGCUGACAAGGCUUACUUUGGUACGAUGAUGCAUACACUGAUGUCUACAUCAUCUGAGUGUGUGCCAAGAUACCUUGAAUCUGUUGACAAAUGUAGCCAGUAUGUAUGUGUUAAUAUGGGUUGGAUGUUAUACAAUCUUUCAAGGAACUGCCCUAAGGAUGUGCAGAAGCCAGAUUGUGGUUUUCGAGGAAUGCCUGUUCAAGUUAACACUGAUAGUUGUUGUCCAGAAUGGGAAUGUCCCUGUCAAUGUUCUGUACUGUCUGAACUGAGUAUUAUUACAUUUGAUGGAAACAACAUAGCCCUCUGCAAUAUGGCUUCCUAUAUUUUAGUCAAGUUACCAGGAGAAAUUAUUGUAGCUCAUAUUGAAAAAUGUCCUGCUAAUCAGAGUGCAAAUUCAAUAAGAAAACUAGUUCCACCUGCGAGCACUUCAGGGCUCUGUUUUAAGAAAUUAAAUGUCACAACACCCACAUGUAAAAUACUUAUCAAUCGCUUAGCAAGAAAAGUAGUAGUGGAUUCUGUAAUUCAACCAUUACCAUUUUCAAAAGAAGGACUGAGUAUUCAGGAUACUGGUGCAAUGUAUGUCGUUAAUACCCCAGCUGGUAUUAGCAUCAAGUGGGCUCAUGUUACAGGCAUCAUAGAUAUACAGUAUGGAUUACACUCUAACACAUCGAUGAAGACAGAAGGACUUUGUGGGGUGUGUAAUGGAGAUCCUAGUGAUGACCUGAAAAUGCAAAACAUGAGCAUAAUUACAAAUAUGGAGGAAAUUGAAAUGUUCAUUAAGAGUUGGGAAAUUGAGAAAUCACUUGAUGUAACAACCAGGAGGCCAGUAAGAAACUGUACUGAAGAUAACUGCACAUACUGUAUGGAACUGUUAAACAGAAGCAUUUUCAUCCCUUGUCACAAGAAAGUGUCACCACAGGAAUUUUGUGAGAAGAUGUGGAUCAACAGUACUUAUUUUUGGAAUUAUGAGUGUGAUGCACUUUCUGCGUAUGUGGCUUUGUGCAACAAGCACAACAUCUGCAUUAAAUGGAGGACAGCUGAUUACUGUUCAUUGAGUUGUCCUGAGGGCAAGGAAUACCAGCCUUGUGUGCAACCCUGUGAAGCCAAGACAUGCUUAAAUAAAUGGUUCUAUGAAGAUUCUCCCUGCUCCUAUUUGAGGGAAGACUGUGUUUGUAAAAAUGGCACCAUUCUGCAUAGAACAGACUCUGAUCUUUGUAUACCAGAAGAAAAAUGUGCAUGUACAGAUAGUAAAGGACAACCCCGCUCUGCUGGGGAGAAAUGGAAUGGGUCCAUGAGAAGCUGUUGCAUGUAUGGAUGUUUAGAAAAUGGAAGCAUUGUUGCUGUAGAACCUGAAUGCAAUGAGGAUCCACCACCAGUCUGUGAAAGAGAAGGAGAAGUUAUUGUCAGUGUCAUUGAAGAGAGAGCUUGCUGUCCCAAGAAAGUUUGUGAAUGUAACAUAUCAUUGUGUGAUGCCAUUAUUCCAACAUGCAAACCCACUGAAAAAUUAGUGGUAGGCUACCAUCCCCUGUCCUGCUGUCCACAGUACCGAUGUGAAUGUGAUCCUUCAGUUUGUUUCAAUGCUUCCCAGCUGGACUGCAGAGAAGAUCAAUUUAUUGUUGAAGCAAAACAGGAAGAUCCUUGUUGUUUCUCACAACUCUGUGUUUGUGAAUCCUGUAUUGAGCCUGUUCCUUUUUGUGAUGAAGGGGAAAUUCUCACUGUAGACCUUAAUACCAUACAUUACUGUUGUCCCCAUUACUACUGUGUUUGUGAUGAAAAUCUUUGUUCUGAGCCUCCUGUGAUUUGCACAGAUGACAUGACACCUGUGAAGAAAAAAAUACUUGGGCAAUGUUGUCCAGAAUGGCACUGUGAAUGUAAUUGUGAAAAUGCUACUAUGCUGACCUGUAAAUUGGGAGAAGUUAAAAAAAUAGAUAAUAGUGUUUCCAGUGCCUGCGGAUGCACUCACUACAUUUGCGAGAAGGAUGAUGUGUGCAUCUUCCAAGAGGUCACAGUACUGAAUCCUGGACAGUCAAUAAUUCAGUACUUGGAUGGAGACCUUUGUUACACUGUACAAUGUUUACAAGAAAAAGAUCAGAACACAGGAUACAAUGCCAUGCAUUUCACAAUGAUGAACUGUUCCCAGCAAUGUGAAGCUCAUCAAAUAUAUAUUCCUUCCUUCAGUCACCAUACUUGUUGUGGUAUGUGUCAAAAUGUGUCCUGCUCUUUUCAUACAGAGAAUGGAACACUUGUUGUGUAUGAGGAAGGAAGCACCUGGAGCUCCAACUGCACCAACUACAAAUGUGCUAAGACUGCUGCGGGGGCUAUCAUACUGGGAUCAAGUGUUGUCUGCCCCCCGUUUAAUGACACUGACUGUACAAAGAAUGGCGGAAUUGUGCAGACGUAUAAUGAUGGCUGCUGCAAGACCUGCAAAAAGGAAGAAAGAAUUUGCCAAAAAAUGACAAUCAGGACAACCAUAAGAAAAAAUGACUGUAUAAGUCAAAGCCCGAUAAACGUGGCUUCUUGUGAUGGAAAAUGCCCAUCUGCAACAAUUUUCAAUGUCAAUAUUGAUAGCCAUUUAAGAUUCUGUAAAUGUUGUCGAGAAAUUGGAACACGUAAUCUGACUGUACCACUGCGCUGCUCAGGAAAUGGCACUGAAAUUAUGUACGUCCUUCAGGAGCCUGUAGACUGCUCAUGCCAAUGGAACUGAACAUUACUGUGGAUACAAUUUAAUCUGAAUAAAUAAAAUGAGUUUCCUUUCA